UCCUCCUCCCCCUCCCUCCAAUGGGCGGCCGACGUGGCCCCCGCUCAGAUGCGCAACGGGGUCCGUCUCCAUGGCAACCGCCUCGUGGUCCCUCGCGACGGCCUCUACUUCGUCUACGCCGCUGCCGCCUUCCAUGGGGGAUGGGACGAUGAUGACGACAACAACAAAGAGGGGGAGGGGGGGCCGGGCUGCCCCUCCCCCCCCUCCCCCCCUCCCCCCCCCUUGCUCCGCUUGGCCGUAUCCCGUUAUUCCCAAGAGUACCCCCGGGACGUGCCCCUGCUCACGGCCGUGCGCUCCGUGCUGCAGCAUCCCCGCUGUUGCCGUGGCGACGGGCUGUGGGUCGAGUCCCUGUACCAGGGCGCCGUGUUCCAGCUGCGCAGAGGGGACCAGUUGGCCGCCACCACCACGGCCGCGAGGUUCCUGGACCUGCACGGGGAGGGGAGGGCUUAUUUUGGGGUGGUGGGGGUGGAUUGA